AUGUCAUUAGCAAAUAAUAAUAAUAAUAAUAAAAAUAAUAAUAAUAAUAAUAAUAAUAAUAAUAAUAAUAAUAAUAGUAAUGAUAAUAAUAAAAAAUGUUCAAUUCAUCCAAGUAAAAAUGUUGAACUUUUAUGUUUAGAUUGUAAAUUAAUACCAUGUUGUAUUUUAUGUGCAUCCAGUAAUGGUUCUCAUCAUCGUCAUGGAUUAGAACCAAUAUCAACAUCAAACAUUAUUUCAAUGAUGAAUAAUUUUAAAGAUGAUGUUUAUCCAAAAUUACUUGAAAGAAUUGGAAAUAAUAAACAAACAUUAAAAGAUUCCAAUGAAAUUUUCAAUGAAAUUCAAUCACAAAAUGAUGAAAAUAAAAAAUUACUUAAAGAUGAAUUUAAAAAACUUCAUCACAUACUCUCAAUACUUUAA